UUGCGCAAGCCUACGAAAACUGCACGUUCUAAUAAGCUUCUCCCCUCGGUGAAACGACCCCCGACCGCAAAAGUCAGAUCUCCAACUCCUCUCUCCAACACCAACAACCCGCAAACCAUCAUCAUGGCCGGCAUCGAAGGCAAGAGCAACCUCUCUUUCAUCCUCAACAAGCCCCACGACGUCGAAUUCGCCGAGCGCCCCAUUCCCAAGCUCUCCGACCCCAACGAUGUUCUCGUCGCCGUCAACUACACUGGCAUCUGCGGUUCUGAUGUCCACUACUGGGUCCACGGUGCCAUCGGCCACUUCGUCGUCAAGGACCCCAUGGUCCUCGGCCACGAGUCCGCUGGUACCGUCGUCCAGGUUGGUGAUGCCGUGAAGACCCUCAAGACCGGUGACCGCGUCGCCCUCGAGCCCGGAUACCCUUGCCGCCGCUGCGGAGACUGCCUUGCUGGCCACUACAACCUCUGCCACGAGAUGCGCUUCGCCGCCACUCCUCCCUACGACGGCACCCUCACCGGCUUCUGGAAGGCCCCCUUCGACUUCUGCUACAAGCUUCCCGAGACCGUCUCCCUCCAGGAGGGUGCUCUGAUUGAGCCUCUCGCCGUUGCCGUCCACAUCACCAAGCAGGCCCAGGUCACCCCUGGCGCCAGCGUCGUCGUUAUGGGCGCUGGCCCCGUCGGCCUGCUCUGCGCCGCUGUCGCAAAGGCCUUCGGUGCUACCAAGGUCGUCAGCGUCGACAUUGUCCAGUCCAAGCUCGACUUCGCCAAGGACCUUGCUUCCACCCACACCUACCUCUCCCAGCGCGUCUCGGCCGAGGAGAACGCCAAGAACCUGAUCAAGCAAUGCGACCUCGGUCCCGGAGCUGACGUCGUCAUUGACGCCAGCGGUGCCGAGCCCUCUAUCCAGACUUCCCUGCACGUCGUCAGGAUGGGCGGCACCUACGUCCAGGGUGGCAUGGGCAAGGCCGACAUCAACUUCCCCAUCAUGGCCAUGUGCCUCAAGGAGGUCACUGCCAAGGGCAGCUUCCGUUACGGCCCUGGUGACUACAAGCUUGCCAUUGACCUCGUCGCCAACGGCAGCGUCAACGUCAAGAAGCUCGUCACCGGCAUCGUCAGCUUCAAGCAGGCCGAGGAGGCCUUCAAGAAGGUCCAGGAGGGUCAAGUCAUCAAGAUCCUCAUUGCCGGCCCCAACGAGAAGGUCGAGAGCGAGAUCAGCACCUCUGUCGAUCCCAAGAAGGUCGCCGAGAACGGCAAGCAGGGCGGAUGCUGCUGA